AUGAUUCGGCAUGGCCCCACGGACGCGCCACCUACGCUGGAGCCGUCGGUGGAGGUGCUGCACGCCAUGCACGCGCUCUACUGGCGCGGCAGCUUCCUUGGCACGUGUGUCGCAGUAGCCCCGCGCGUGCUUGUGACGGCGGGCCACCACUACAAUGCUGUCAAGGACGACGUCGGCGACUUCAGCGUGCGCCAGCCAGGGAGGUGCGAAGCACGCGUCGAACACGCGGCGAAAAACGGUGCCCAUGACACACUUGUGUUGUGGGUCAACACAGACCUCGACUGUGUUCUUCUUCGCGGUUUCUUGCCGCCCGUGCAGGCACGCGUUGCCACAGUGUGGCUAUCGACGAAGUGGCCGCACGAAACGGUCGUGUCACCAGGUGUCGUGAUUGAGAGUGACAUGUGCAAUUGCGUCGCACGUGGGACUGUUAGCACCAGUGGCUCCAGCGGGGCUCCGGUGAUUGAUUACUUUGGCGAUCACGUAGUGGGCAUGCAUCUCACCUCGAAUACACGUGACGGCUCACGGGUGUCGGGGUUCCUGCCAGCCCGAAAGAUUGUGUCGAUUCUUGCCGACAUGGACGUCAAGAGUCGCUUGGUGUGA